UAUGUUUUGUCCUCCAACUGAUUUCUUUGGUCUGCGAGUGCAUUGCAAUCGGUGGCAGCUGCAAUGUCACCUAGGGGAGAACAACAUGUUCGGCUGUUCUUUCUGUACUGUCUGUCUGCCUGUUUGUCAGCAUGCGCCGCAGAUUUGUGCAACUGGAGAGGAAGUGGAUUACUUCGGGAUCCCCAGUCCCGCGUCGUGCAGCAGGUGCGCUUACGCUGCACUGAGGGCGCCGUGGAGUGGAUGUACCCCAGUCAGGCAUUGCGGGUCGUGCUAGAACCCAACCUGUCCUCCGCACGCCACAGCACCGUCUGCAUUAAGCCUUUCGGGGGUUUCGGCGGCGCUAGCGCGUAUAUCGAGCGUGCGGGACAGCUGCACCUGCUGGUGACUGAGGGCGGGAGGCCGGAGCAGGUGUACUGCUUUCGUGCGGACGGACCGCAGAAACCGGCCAUUUUUCUCCAGGCGACACUCCAGAGGGACAUCGGCCGCCGCACCGUGGGCUUCCGAUACGAGCUGCUGAGCAAUGGGAGCACCGCGCCCGGCUUCCCCCCCACUAUGGUGCAGGCUGAAUGCCGGCCGUGCAACGACACGGAGCUCCUCUUGGCCGUCUGCAGCAGUGACUUCGUGGUGCGAGGAUCCAUCAGCGACGUGUCCCAUGAUUCCCGCAGACAGAUGUCGCUGGUGGAGGUCUCCGUGGAGCGGGUGUUCCGGCAGCGCAGCAGCGUGUUCGAGAGGCAGACCGGCGGGGAGGGGCCGUGGCGCGGUCGCAUGCUCACCUUGCGGCGGUGCCGGGUGAAGGCGGGGGGGGGGCAUUUCCUGUUCACCGGGGCGGAGCAUUUCGGCGAGGCCUGGCUGGGCUGUGCUCCACGCUACACGGACUUCGUGUCUGUGUAUCGGGCCGCUCUGCGGACGGGACAGAACCACUGUGAGUUUGCUCUGGACUGACCCUGCCCCUCCUGGGCCCCCACAUGAACACAUGCACUCACUCCAGGAUGGGGAAUUCCCAGCCCUGAUGUCACAGGAGGUGUCCCCGCCGGCUACACUGUGAACAAGCUACCCAGACUCUUUAGGGGGAGUGUGACUCUUUAUGGUCAACUGGUUGGUUGAAACAAAAUCUUGGUCUGCAUUUAUACUUUCUGAACCUGAACUUUCCACCUCCUGCCAGUAAGCAAUUUCAAUCAGAGUCACCUGUAUAUUUUAGGAUUUAGUGCUGUAUCCAUUUUAUACAAGAGUCCAAAACCAGAAGCUCACCUGAGGCUUCUUAAGACCCAAGUCUUUAACCAGUGCGCCACCUGCUGCUCAUCAUAAUGCUGCUUUUUUGUGGAACAGCUGCAUGGCUGCAUGAGGCUCUCGAGUCGCAGAUGUGUUUUGCCGACAUGCCAGUCAGCUAUCUGUGAUUGACAGGCAUCCCAUCCAUGGUGUCCCCCUGCCUUGUGCCCUGUGCAUUCUGGGAUUGGCUCUGGGUUCACCUUCAUGCUGUACUCAGCAGCAGAGAGGAUAGAUGGAUGGAUGUUGGUUGUUUCAGGGAUAAUAUAAUUUUAAUUCACUUGAAUUGUCUUUUCAUUACAGGAUUAUGUUUUAUAGCUUAAUUACGAAAUAAUUGCCAUGUUUAUGUUAGUUUAAAGUUGGUAUAUGCAGGGUAUGAAUUAUGAAAGAAUAUUAGAUUGAAUUUUGUACAGAAUGCGGGAAAGGAGGCGUAUGUACAAAUUGCUUUGUCUUCAUUAUUAUUAGACUUUAAAUUCUUCUGGGAAUUUACUUUAAAUGUAAACAAUUUAAAUGUGAAAUGCUCUGGUCAUGCUUUUGAAGUGUUAUUUUACCAUUUUCCCCAUUGCAACUGUGUACUGAACGUAUAAUCCAAAAAUCUUGUGUCCUGAAUGAGUUAAAUAAUUUAUGAUUGUUUUUUAUAACGGCUGCACAUGCCUGGUUCAUGGGUUGGGCAACGGCUCACAUACUUCAUAAUGGAAAAACCACCAGUUUGCGGCUCGGUGCUUGGUGGCAGGGGAAAAGGUCCAUUAUUUUGGGGGCAGUUAAGUUAUUACCACACCAGAGACAUUUCGCUGAA